AUGGCCCCUCCCGUUAUUCCUGACGAGAUCAACUCUGGCACCGAGUCGCCGGCGACCCCGACAUCAGCAUCCGGUCAAUUCCCUUUGGAACAGCCCCCACAACUAAAGGGCCGGAGGAGGCUGCUACAAAAUCUACAGCGCAUGUCCUCCAGCCCGUCACUCAUACGAAGAACACGAUCACAUUCAACCGGCUAUCAAAGGGAUCGAAAAGCCUCGUUGUCAUGUGUGUCUCUCUCCGCGGCCCAAUGCUGGGCUGAUCCCGUUGCUUCAACCGCUCAACUUUCCGGCGGUCUUGAACAUGCGUCAUCUGCGGCGUCCCCUACUGUUCCUUCGCCGGGAAGCGCACGAAUUCGCGUUAUUGGGGGUCUUCAAAAUGCAUCGCAGACGACCGUUCCGCUUCCCUUGGACAUGAGGCCGGCUUCUCGCAAUCUGCAGAGUGAGGGCGAUGCAACACCGGCUGAUGCUCAGGUGGGCCAUCGGGCCGUUAAAAGGACUCUGGAGUUUUGGCGAGACAUUCCUGACGAAAUCAAAAUGAGAAUUUUCGGCUUCUUGACGGUGAAAGAACUUGUUCGGUGCUCACUGGUGUCUAAGGCGUGGUACUCCAUGUGCUCCGAUGGCCAAUUAUGGUCUAAUAUCGACACUUCGGACUUUUACAGCAAAAUCUCGAGCUAUUCUCUGAUGAGAAUCCUCACAUUCGCGGGACCCUUUGUCCGAGAUCUCAACCUUCGAGGUUGCGUACAGCUACGUGAUAAAUGGUUGUUUGAGGGCGACCAGAUUUCUGAUGCCUGCCGCAAUGUUGUGAAUUUUUCCGUUGAAGGCUGUCGAAUUGACAAGAGUGCCAUUAAUUAUUUUCUCUCGCAAAACUCCUCUCUAAAGUACAUCAAUGUGUCGGGUCACGUCACUAUCACCAAUUCUACUCUGAAAGUCAUUGCACAGUCAUGUUCACAGCUACAAACUUUGAAUGUGUCGUGGUGCUCCAGCGUCGAUACCAAGGGUUUAAAGCGUGUUAUCGAAGCUUGUACGAAGUUGAGAGAUCUACGUGCCGGCGAAAUUCGGGGCUUUGAAGACGAAAGUAUUAUGGAACGGCUCUUUGAGAAAAACACUCUGGAAAGACUGGUCAUUCAUCGAACAGAUCUUACGGAUGAGAGCCUGAGAAUGCUGGUUCUCGGCAGAGACCCUGAGAUUGAUGUCUUGACAGAUCGUCCUAUCGUUCCGCCACGGAAGUUGAGGCACCUAGAUAUUCACCAAUGUGUUAACCUAACCGACGAUGGUUUUGCCAGUCUUGCCCACAAUGUGCCUUUCCUUCAAGGGCUCCAAAUUUCACAAUGUUCAGAGCUCACAGAUGACGGCAUCGUUGAUGUUGUUCAAACUACUCCAAAUUUGAGUCACUUUGACUUAGAAGAUCUUGAUAAGAUCACAAACCAUGUCUUGACUGAAAUGGCCAAGUCACCGUGUGCCGAAAAUCUGGAGCAUCUUAAUAUAAGCUAUUGUGAGAACAUUGGAGACAUCGGAAUGCUUCAAUUGUUGAAAAAUUGCCCUAAUUUGAAAUCACUUGAAAUGGACAACACGAGAGUCUCAGAUUUGUCCCUUAUGGAGGCUAGUUGUCUCGUUCGUCGACGUGGCUAUGGUACCAACUUACCCAAGAUUGGACUGCGGAUUGUGGUAUUUGAUUGCAUCAAUGUGACUUGGGCUGGUGUACGGGAAGUCUUAUCUAGCAACGCGUUUUUACCACGGGCGUUGAAAAAUCAGUCCACUGUCACCGUCAAAGAAUCCGCGGAUGAAGGUGACAGCUCAGACUCAGUGUCACCAUCAGGCAGUAGCCGCCCACAGGCAACUGUUACUCGACAUUAUCCUAAGGAGAUCAUUGAACUAAAAUGCUUUCAUGAGUGGCAGAUGACUGUCAACGAACACACUAAGCGUGUACUCCGCGGUUCCCUUGCAGCAGCAAACAACCUUGAUCGCAAAUGGGCAGAUCAUAUGAUGGCAACAGAAGAAGCUGGUGCAGGGGGCAUCAGAGCGAGAAGACGUAGACGCCGUGCUCACGAUGUUGAUUUCAUGAACAAUUUUGAUGAAGAUGAAGAACUGAGUCUUGAGGCGUUUGUUGGAGCCAGACGUCGUGCUCGAAGUGGAGGUUGCACGGUGAUGUGA